CACGCAUCGCAUCGCAGCGCAGCAGCAGCAGCGGCUCUCCAUUUCUCUCUUGCGGCGAAGCUACGAGACCGCCGAUCCAUUCGAGAAGUCAGACCUAGCCUGCCAGGAUGGACAUGUCCAAGCUGCCCAAGAUCCGGGAUGAGGACAGAGAGAGCCAGUUUGGAUACGUUCAUGGAGUCUCCGGACCAGUGGUGACGGCGACAGCCAUGGCGGGAGCAGCCAUGUACGAACUGGUUCGUGUCGGUCACAGCGAGCUGGUGGGAGAGAUCAUCAGGUUGGAGGGAGACAUGGCCACCAUCCAGGUCUACGAAGAGACGUCUGGUGUGUCUGUGGGAGAUCCUGUGUUGCGCACAGGGAAGCCACUCUCAGUAGAGCUGGGCCCUGGAAUUAUGGGCUCCAUCUUUGACGGUAUCCAGCGACCCCUAAAGGAUAUCAAUGACAUCACACAAAGCAUCUACAUCCCCCGCGGUGUAAACAUCGGGGCCCUCAACCGAGACCUCAAGUGGGAGUUCACUCCCGGCAAGAGCCUGCGGGCUGGCAGUCAUAUCACAGGAGGCGAUAUCUAUGGGAUGGUGUUUGAGAACUCCCUCAUCAGGCACAAGAUCAUGUUGCCCCCAAGAAACCGGGGGACCGUGACCUAUGUGGCGCCGCCUGGAAACUAUGAUGUCUCUGACGUGGUGAUGGAACUUGAAUUUGAAGGGGUGAAGGAGCAGUUCACCAUGGUGCAGGUGUGGCCUGUGAGACAGGUGCGUCCCGUCACAGAGAAACUGCCCGCCAAUCAUCCGCUGCUGACCGGACAGAGAGUGCUGGACGCCCUCUUUCCGUGUGUACAGGGAGGAACCACAGCCAUUCCAGGGGCCUUCGGCUGUGGUAAAACCGUCAUCUCCCAGUCUCUGUCCAAAUACUCCAACAGCGAUGUGAUCAUCUAUGUGGGCUGUGGAGAGCGUGGAAACGAGAUGUCAGAAGUACUGCGAGACUUCCCUGAGCUGACCAUGGAGGUUGAUGGGAAGAUUGAGAGUAUCAUGAAGAGAACAGCCCUGGUAGCCAAUACCUCCAACAUGCCUGUGGCUGCCAGAGAAGCCUCUAUCUACACAGGUAUCACACUGUCUGAGUACUUCAGAGAUAUGGGAUACAACGUUAGCAUGAUGGCCGACUCCACUUCCCGUUGGGCUGAAGCUCUCAGGGAGAUCUCUGGCCGUCUGGCUGAGAUGCCUGCUGACAGCGGUUACCCUGCAUACCUGGGGGCCCGUCUGGCUUCCUUCUAUGAGCGUGCCGGAAGAGUCAAGUGUCUGGGAAACCCUGAGCGAGAGGGCAGCGUCAGUAUCGUCGGAGCUGUGUCACCUCCUGGUGGUGACUUCUCUGACCCCGUGACUUCCGCCACCCUGGGUAUCGUACAGGUGUUCUGGGGUCUUGAUAAGAAGCUGGCUCAGAGGAAGCACUUCCCUUCCGUCAACUGGCUGAUCAGCUACAGCAAGUACACCCGGGCGCUGGACGAGUACUACGACAAACACUUCCCCGAGUUUGUGCCUCUGCGCACCAAGGCCAAGGAGAUCCUGCAGGAAGAGGAGGACCUGGCUGAGAUCGUGCAGCUCGUCGGAAAGGCAUCGCUGGCAGAAACUGAUAAGAUCACCCUGGAGGUGGCCAAGCUUAUCAAAGAUGACUUCUUGCAACAGAACGGUUAUACUCCAUAUGACAGGUUCUGUCCCUUCUAUAAGACGGUGGGCGUCCUGUCCAACAUGAUAUCCUUUUAUGACAUGGCACGGCACGCGGUGGAGACCACGGCUCAGAGCGACAACAAGAUCACCUGGGCUAUGAUCAAGGAGCACAUGGGGGAGAUCCUGUACAGGAUCAGCUCUAUGAAAUUCAAGGACCCAGUGAAGGAUGGUGAGGCUAAGAUCAAGGCGGAGUACGCCCAGCUGUUGGAGGACAUGCAGAACUCCUUCCGCACCCUGGAGGAAUAAGGCCAUCACCCCCGCCUCCACUUUUCAUCUCCUACCCUUCCACUACAGAAUCACAUUCCACCACCUAGUAUUCCCAAUACCUGUGCCCCGUGUGUAUGUGUGUGUGUGUGUGUGUGUGUGUAUGUGUGUGUGUGUGUGUGUGUGUGUGUCAUUCAAUCAAGAGGGAAAAGAGAAAAGAUGUACUGUAUUAGUUGUUUGUUGCCUUAUGUAGGCGUAACUCUGGAGCCUCUGCAUGGUCAUUGAUCUUGGGAGUGUCUCGUUUGCGUGUUUAUGCAGGCGAGGUCUCCUCGCUCUCUCUGCUUUUUCUUGCUCUGUUUACAUGAUUUCUGUCUAGCUGUGUUGGUCGACCCUGAAGACUUGAGUCGACGUCAUUGUCAUUCAUAGGCCGUUUGUACAGAAGAGUAUUGAGGAUAAAUUUAUCAAGAGCAAUCACUAUUUAUUGCCAGCAUUUUGACGUGAACGCUGUGUUGUUGUUGAUGAUGAUGAUAACGACGAUGAUGCGGUUUCUGUUGUUUUUAUGACUAUGUGUUCAAGCUGUGCUGUGUCGUGUACUCGCUGUGUGAAUGUGUUAAGAGUCGGGACUCCGGCACUCAGCUGUCCAAUAAUUAACGUGACGUGACUUCCAAAGAAUAAAAUGUGGAGAA